GGAAGUUUUCAAAGCCAAACAUCGUCAGACAGGCAAGAAAGUAGCACUUAAGAAAGUGUUGAUGGAAAACGAGAAGGAGGGGUUCCCCAUCACAGCCUUGCGAGAGAUUAAAAUCCUCCAGCUGCUCAAACAUGAAAAUGUGGUGAACCUCAUAGAAAUCUGCAGGACCAAAGCCUCUCCUUACAACCGCUGCAAGGGCAGUAUCUACCUUGUGUUUGACUUCUGCGAGCACGACCUGGCUGGCCUCCUCAGCAAUGCUCACGUCAAGUUCACCCUCUCGGAGAUCAAGAAAGUUAUGCAGAUGCUGUUGAAUGGACUUUACUACAUCCACAGGAACAAGAUCCUGCAUCGAGACAUGAAAGCUGCGAACGUCCUGAUCACGCGAGACGGGGUCCUGAAGCUUGCAGACUUUGGGCUGGCUCGAGCUUUCAGCCUGGCUAAGAACAGCCAGCCGAACCGCUACACCAACCGGGUGGUGACCCUGUGGUNCGCCCCCCCCGGGUGACUAACACGGCGUCUCCGUUUAGGGGAGCGGGACUACGGUCCCCCCAUUGACCUCUGGGGCGGAGGCUGCAUCAUGGCAGAGAUGUGGACCCGCAGCCCCAUCAUGCAGGGGAACACAGAGCAGCACCAGCUCACCCUCAUCAGCCAGCUCUGUGGAUCCAUCACGCCGGAGGUUUGGCCAAACGUGGACAAAUACGAGCUGUACCAGAAGCUGGAUCUCCCCAAGGGCCAGAAGCGCAAGGUGAAGGAUCGCCUGAAGGCCUACGUCAAAGACCCCUACGCCCUCGACCUCAUCGACAAGCUGCUGGUGCUGGAUCCGGCCCAGCGGAUCGACAGCGACGACGCGCUGAACCACGACUUCUUCUGGUCGGAUCCCAUGCCCUCAGACCUCAAAAACAUGCUGUCCACCCACAACCAGUCCAUGUUCGAGUACCUGGCCCCACCGCGCCGGAGGGGUGGGCACAUGCCCCAGCAGCCGGCUAACCAAGGCAGGAACCCGGCGGCCACCAACCAGACUGAAUUCGACAGGGUGUUUUGA